AGAAAAGAGAAAUUCUGGGAGUGGAAAAUUUCAUCCCAUUACAUAAAUCAUAGAGAUUUUGGAUCCCUUGGUCUAUGCAUUUAUGUGUAUUCAGUUGGACCACAUAUGCAUGAUGCAUCUAAAAGACGCAUCAGAGUUGAAUAUUGAACAAGUGAAAUCGGAAGGUAAUGCAUUUUUGGUUCCCUUCUAAUUUGGGGUUCGUUUCCGGAUGCUUGUGCGUUGAGCCUUUGACAGUCCGGAGAUGCUGGCCGAUGAGGCAAAAUCCUUGCUAGGGUUUUCCCCAGAUUGUCGCCCCUCUUCAUCUCAGGUUAAAACUGCUUAUAGAACCAAGGUAUGGGAAACUCACCCCGAUCGCUUUCCUGCUCAGGAAAAAUCACGUGCAGAGUAUAAGUUCAAGAUGAUCUCAGAAGCAUACAGUUGCUUACGCUCUGGUGCAAGAGUACAAAACUCCUCACGUGCGGACACAUCAUACUCAUAUGUUGUGCGGACUGGAGUUCCAAGAAUGCGCGGUGGGAGGGGGAAGCAGCUACUGGUUGGGCUUCCAUUCCUCUUGAUCAUCUUAAGUACAUUUUCACUGGCGGGAUCAAGUGUGGCAAGGGCUUACAGAAAGGAAAAGCAGGCUCAUCCUUCUCACAACCCUUUUCUUCCUUGAUCAAGCAGCAUCCGGAGGUGGCAUAUCUAUGUAUAGAAUAUACAUCGACAAAUAAUAGACAUGGUUUUGAUUGACUAUAUGUUUGACUGCAUUGUGGGUCAAAUUGAUCUAUGUAUACAUAUAUAUAUAUAUAUUAUAUAGUAAUGAUAAUGUAGGGAAUGGUGAGUAAUGAGGAUGGAAUUACUCAUGCUUUUCUAUAAUCAAGUUUCCAAUCAUUGAGGAUUGGAAUAAAAUCUCCAUUAUGUACACUUCUCCUAACCAUUCCCUGCAAGUGUCACUAUUCUUUAUUAUAGCAGAAAGGAAAAUAAUCUUUUUUUCAUGUCUUUGAUUAGCUCAUUCACAGAAAGAUGUAUAUCUUCUGUUUUUACAAGAGAACAUUUUGAGUUCAAUUGUGAGUUCCUGAGUUCAUACUCAACUACAGUUAUGCUUCAGAAGACGUGGCAGUGUAAGCCAUUUUUAUGUGUCCA